CACCUUGGACAUCCCAGGACUAUGCUGCAGAUUCUGAGCCGGAUCCUUUGUUGGUGAAAACUAGCACAGCUCCAUUUACUUCAAGGUACACAGAUUUCCUCCAGCCCUCUCCCUAUAGGCAGUGUUCCUUGAAGUGCUUCUUGCCACUGAAAUGUCAGCUCUUCUUUGAGAAUGGAGGGGAGCAAGGGAGACAUGUCUUACCUCAUCUAUUAGGUACCUUACAUGUCACCAAAAAGGUGGUUAAAGAGGAUCCAGGAAUUUCAACAAACACGUCCCCCCAGAACCACAGGAUCACAUCCCAGGCCCAUCCAUGAGGCACCAGCAACAGUGACAGACAUAUUGGGAGUCUCCAUGUAUCCCGUGCAAGCUGCUUAGCUCCCAUGAACAGCCGCUGAGGGCUAGAUACAGGGAGCUGCUCAGUGCCUACAGCUCCUGUUACACAGGGAAAUGGCUCCAUGAUAAUGCUAACUGGGAAUGUUCUACCCAUCUGCGGCUCAGCAGUAGCAUGGGGAGGGAGGGUCAAUGAAGUGCUUCCUGACACAGACCUCCCACCAUGCCUCCAGCCCUGCAGAUGGCUUUGGAACAGAAAGUCUUUGGUCAGCACCUCGCCACCCAGGUGGUUCUGAAAGCACUGAGCGCGCACUCCAGAGACAAACAGCCCAGGAAGCCCCUGGUGAUGUCCUUCCAUGGCUGGACUGGCACUGGCAAGACCUUUGUCAGCAAGAUCAUUGCACGGAACCUGUACCAGCGUCACGAAGCAAGGAGGAGGUUCGUCCAUCAGUAUGACGCAGUCUUGCAUUUCCCACACGCUGAACAUAUAAAGCAGUAUAAGAAGCAGCUGCAAAACUGGAUUCGAGGGAAUGUCAGCAUCUGCCCGAGGUCGCUUUUCAUUUUCUCUGAAAUGGACCAGAUGCCGCAUGGUCUGAUUGACUCCAUCAUGCCGUACCUCAGUCAUCGCGAGGCUAUCAAUGGCGUCUACUACGGCAAGGCCAUCUUCCUCUUCCUGAAUAAUGCAGGAGGGGAUAAGAUAAUAGAGGUGGCGCUCGAUCACUGGAGGAGGCAGAAGGGAAGAGAAGAAAUUCCCCUGACGGACCUGCAGUCUAUGUUAUCUGCCGAGAUUUUCAAUAACAGGAACAGUGGUUUUUGGAAGAGCAAGCUGAUCCAGAACAACCUGGUGGAUUAUUUCAUCCCUUUCUUGCCCCUGGAAUAUAAACAUGUGAAAGAGUGCAUCCAAGAGGAGUUGCGCUACCAAGGCCACCAAGAAGAUGAAGACCUCAUCAUAAAGAUUGCCUUAGCAAUGUCCGACUAUCCCAGUGAAGAUAGAAUCUACUCUAGCAAAGGUUGCAAAACUGUGGCCUCAAAGGUGAACCUGGCUACCUAGAAAGGCCAAGUGCUCAAGGACAAGGAGGAAAAGAAAGCAAGUCUCUCUCUCCUUCUCCCACCAGCAUCUUCUCAGACUAUAAGCUUGUUGGGGCAGGGAACUUCCCUUUAAUAUACCUAAAGCCUGUGGCACACUGGGACUGGAGAGAGAAGAUAACUUCCUCAUCUCAACAUAAUACAGUACAUCCUUUCCCUACCUUCAAAACAUGCUGCUGUAAAUAAAACAACAUU